AUGUUCUCGUUCAUGAAGAUUGCUACCUUCGCAGCCCUCGCCUUUGGCACCCUCGCGUCGGCGAUUCCAUCCCCGGCUCCCAUCCUGACCGUCGAGGAAGGCGCUCUCGUAGAGCGAAAGACUACUUCCAAUGUCGCGAUAGUCCUCGCCAACUUGACCGUACACGUCACGCCCCUCUGCCUAAAGCUCACGGAGCUCACGGCAACGUCUGCUACUCCGGCCAAUACGACAGCAAUCAUAGACCAGAUCAAGGUAGUCCUCGAGGAAGCCGUUGAGAUACUUAAGGGUGUCGCUACUCUCGGCUCUAGCAUCGGUGAUAUCCUUCAGCUCCUCGCCGCCAUCAUCAAGUUGCUCAUCACGUCCAUCAACCAUGUUGUCAGCGUAUGCCUCGACAAGGAUGUCAUUCUCCAGAUUGUGAAACUGGUCGACGGACCUUUAGCUGCACUCAUAUCUGCUAUUCUGGGCCUCGUGGGCGGCGGCGGCAUUCUUUCGUCUGUCAUCGCCCAGCUCGUUGGCCUUCUUGGGAGCAUCAUUCAGACCCUCCUCUCUCUCAACUUUACCGCGUGCGAACAGGUGUUGUUGAUUUUGUGA